AUGGAUAAAAUUGACCAAUCAAAGCUGUUUGUUCAGGGCAAAGUGGCGCAGAGGGAUAUUUUGGGGCAUCCGAAAGUUCGAGUGUUCAUGUCUCAUUGUGCCACUGGUGGGUUUUCGGAAGGCCUGUCACGUGACAAAGUGUUCAUCGCUGUUCCCCAGAGAGGUGACAAUUUCUACUUAGCCGAUGUAGUCAAAAAACAAAGCCUCGGAGUCGUCGUCACCUCGGAACCAUCCGACCUCGAAAUGUCUGCUAAUCGAUCUAGAAAGAACUCUCAAGAAAGUUCAACACGAAAAUCAGGAGACCUUUCGCAACCAGGGAGCCAAUCUCAACGUCUAUCAGGAAACGCUUCCCAGUCUCAGGCCGGCAGUCAAUCGCAAAGAGCCUCCGGCAUCCCCUCAGCUUCGCAACCCGGAAGCCAGUCUAGGUCUAGAUCAGGAAACCCUUCGGCAUCUCAGCCAGGAAGUCAAUCCCAAGGUCUAUCAGGAGCCGGAUCUCAAUCUCAAGGAGGAAGUCAGUUCCAAACCGGGAACCCUUCAGCAUCUCAGCCAGGAAGUCAAUCGCGAGGUCUAUCAGGAGCCGGAUCUCAAUCUCAAGGAGGAAGUCAGUUCCAAACCGGGAACCCUUCAGCAUCUCAGCCAGGAAGUCAAUCGCGAGGUCUAUCAGGAGCCGCAUCUCAAUCAAAAGGAGGAAGUCAGUUUCAGUCAGGAAAUCCAUCGGCUGCACAACCCGGAAGUCAGUCGCGAGGUCUAUCAGGAGCCGGAUCUCAGUCAAAAGGAGGAAGUCAAUUUCAGUCAGGAAACCCGUCGGCAUCACAACCAGGAAGUCAAUCUCGAGGUCUAUCAGGAGCCGGAUCCCAGUCAAAAGGAGGAAGUCAAUUCCAGUCCGGAAACCCGUCGGCAUCACAACCAGGAAGUCAAUCUCGAGGUCUAUCAGGAGCCGGAUCUCAGUCUCAAGGAGGAAGUCGAUUCCAGUCCGGUAAUCCCUCUCAAGCAAAUCAAUCCGGGAGUCCUUCUAAACUCCAGUCGGGAAACCCAUCAGCGGCACAGUCCGGAAACCCUUCAGCAGGUCAAUCAGGUAACCCUUCCGGCUUUCAGAACUCGGCUGCUAACGCCUCGACAGCUGGUGGGAAAAAGUGUUGCUCUAAGAAAUCGAAACUCGUCGGCUAA